AUGCCCUCCAACAGGUCCAGAGGAAGAGGAAGGCGCCAGAGGACCAAGUUCAGCCAAAACCAACUUGAGGUUCUUAUCAAGGCCUUUGAGAAAGAUGCAUACCCUGAUAGCACGGUCCGAGAAGAACUAGCCAAGCAAAUCCAGAUUCCUGAGUCCAGAAUCCAGGUGUGGUUUCAGAACCGGAGAGCUAAACGAUCAAGUGACCCCAAAAGGAGGCCCUGUCCAGGGAAUGAUGCUGUGGCUCCUGGAUCCCGCCAGGGUGUAUUCUCUGCCCCCUGCCACCAUGGCCUCCAGGGCCUUUCCCUCCCAUGUGGCUCCAGCAGAGGAACUCUACAAAGCAAUGCGGGCCACUUCUCCUGGGGGACAGAGCAAUUCUCCUGGGGGGCAGAGCGUGCUUCUGGGCCAGCAGGCCUCUGGGGUCACACUGGUGUGCUGGGGGCCAAUGUGGUCACUCCCCAACUAGAGACUCCAGCCAAGGCACUGGGAGAACUUUCCAGGAAUUUCCAUCACUCUUCAGCUAUGGGUGCAUUUCCUGCUCCCCAACAGCCCUUCCAGGUAGAAGCUGGUGGCAUAGACAUGCAUCUGGGGGACCCCAAGGCACCCAUAUUUGGGGACUGGGCCCUGCAAGGGCAGGGGCAGCAUUUUCCUUCUGAUGGGCAGCAGCCAUGGUGGGGCUGGCAGCCUCUACUUGCUUGGGAGCCAGCGAUGGCUCCCCAGGAGCCACUGUCCCAGGACCCUGGAGCCCAGAAGCAGCCACCCACGCCCCCUUCAGCCCAGGAACACUGGAUGGAUCCUACUGAGACCAGAUGCCUUAAGGAGGAGGAAGAGCCCUACCUGUUUGGAUAG